AUGUUCCAGCUUUUCCACCUGCUCUCCAUCCCCAACAUUCUCGUGAUUCUCCGCGUGCUGCUCAUCGAGCGGAGCGUGCUGCUCCUCUCCACGCAGCUCUCCAUUCUCACCAACACGGCGGAAUCGCUGAAGGAGCUGCUGUGGGGGAGAGAGAAGACGCUGAGUCGUAGACAGCCGUUCGUGUGGAGCUACACAUACUGCCCAGUGCUGCCGAGCGAGAUGAAGCGGUUCAUCUACAGUCCGAUGCCCUAUCUGAUGGGCAUUUCGUCGAACAUCAUGUAGGCGUGGGGAGCGCGGUUGAGGCUAGUUCGCGCGAGGAAUUGGAGAAGCUGAACGGCGUGACGGUGGUGAACAUCGAUCAGGAUCACAUCUGGCUGCCGGACAACCUCCCUGACUAUUAUGAGUACUACAAAGACCCGCUGGGCUACGUGUCGAGCGAGGAGAUCGAGAAGGAGAUGAAGGACGCGAUUCUACCGCCCUUCCCGGUGGUGCCAGACUUCGAUCUGUACACGGAGCUGAAGAGCCUGCUCUGUCCGGAGGUGCGGAAUGCGGAUAUUGCAAGGGAGCGGACGUCGCUGAGCUUCUCGGAGGAGGCGGUGCGGAAAGUGUUCCAGACCUACUUCACGAAGAUGGUGAUUCCGCCGUACUCGUCGACGAUCGUGAUGGAGGAGAAGGAGGAGCGGAUCUGGAUUCUGGACAAGACGAAGUACCUGCACCUGUACAAGGACAGGAACAGCUAUCUUUUCAUGCGGCUUUUCAUCGACAAAUCGAUGUUUUAUCUCUACUACCUCGAUUACUUUUCUUGGAACU